AUGUUGGUGGACGAUACGAAUCGAGUUCCAUUGAGACAAUUGGCAAUUUUCGACGCCGAAUAUCCGUCGGAAGCGGCGGUAGCGCCCACGGCCACUCACUUGGCAAAUUGGAGGCCAGACAAUAAAUUGCAAACGGUCGCGCAUGUACACGCAAGAGCGGUUGUAUAUACGGCACAAGCUCCCCCGUGUACUUGUACAACCCGUGUAAGCCGUACAACAAUGUGUAAGCGUUACACAAGCGUGUAUAUAGGAGUCCCGGUGGUUGCGUUCGCUGGCUCGUCAUCGGCAUAAGGACCGCACGCAGUAACAUUACCAUUCGGUCGCAGACGAAUUCAUUGGCUAUGCCAGGGCGUCUUCCGUUCACAGGCAGAACGGUUGUCAGUCCGGUUUGACCCGACUUAGAUCGUACGUGAGGAGCUGUUACGGUCGGCACUCAUCAAACGUUGCGCGAGGAGAAACGUUGCGCGGCUUGCCCCGGCAGAAGUGCACGCCUCUCUCCCUUUUGACGCUACUUUCUCGCCCCAUAGCCGGGUGAAACACCGUGUACGAUCGUCUCUCUCUCUCUCUCUUUCUCUCUCUCCUCUGCUUUCAUCCUGUAACGUCGCGCCGUUAGCGAUGCUGGUUUCUUUCCUUUUUCUUUCUUUUUUCCUUCUUCAAGUUGUCGCGACUUUUCGAAAAUACAAAUUGCAAUGGUGCUAAGAUGCUUGAAAUAAUUGAUUUAUAUAUUGCGACGUACUAUGUAAAUAUCGUAGAGUUCACUUACAUUAUGUAUUAACAAUCGAAUGUCUGCUGCAGACGAUCUGAUUACUAGCAGACAUUUGAAAAGGCUCUGGUAAUACAUUUAUACGAUGUAUUAUAAAAUUUUGUAUUAUAUUUACAUGGCAUUAAAAUUGAUUAUUUUAAGUAUUUUAGAAAAGGAGCUCUAUUGUAUUAAAUUUUUAAACUUCUGACAAUUCUCUAGCAAGCAUUCGAAGACUUGAUCCAUCGAAGAUCAAACAAUGAAAUAAGUCAUUAUUAUAAAAGAAAUUGUUUUAUCAAAUUAUAAAAAAUUAAGAAUAGAUAAGGAAGAAUAAAAAUAACAGAUAAAUUCACCGGGUGCCUAGAUUAAUUCACUUUAUAUUAAAUUAAGAUCAUUUUCAGAAUAAUUUGAGAAGGAUACAUUAUUGUAAUAAUACAGAAUAUUUCAAUUUAUUUGAAAAUUACUCUCGUAAUAGAUAAAUGCUAAACCAUUAACAAUGACAACUGCUAUAAUUAGGCUAUAA